UCAUGCGGAUAGAAACAGGAGUGGGCAUCCGCUGCACUGCACGAAGAAGAAACUUAUAGGAAAGAUGCACGAAGAGGAGGAUGGCAGCGACGCAAACUCCUGCCCAGUGUCGCGGAUCGUGUCGUGUAAAUCCCUGGACGUGGCCGACGUGGAGGGGGCGAAGGAGCAGACCCUCAAACUGUGCGGGUACUUGAACAAACUCUCCGGCAAGGGGCCUCUGAGGGGGUACAAGCCGAGAUGGUUCGUGUAUGAUCCGAGGAAGUGUUAUUUGUAUUACUUCAAGACUCCCCAGGAUGCCCUUCCACUCGGACACAUCGAGAUCGGAGAUGCGUGUUUUAGCUACGACGUGGAAGGAGAGGAGGGUCAGUUCGAGAUCCGCACAGCCGGGAAAGAGUUCCUCCUCAAGGCCCCCAGCAGACAGGUGAUGAAUUACUGGUUGCAGCAGUUACAGCAGAAACGCUGGGAAUUCAGCAACACACGAGGAUCUGGUCAGAGAGACAGCUGGAGCUCUCCGACCCUGGCCUACCCUCCCACCGGCCUCGUGGGCAAAGAUAACGAUACCUUUCUCUUUGAAAAGCCAAAUGACGGUAUGGAAAAGGUUCGUAGUGACUUUGCCAUGGAGACAGAAACAGACGGCGGGUCAAUGGUGGGGAUCCAGUCAGCUCGAGGGCCUUCUGGUACACCCACAAACCCCCUCAACUUCUCACUAAAAAACAUCGGUACAGAACUCAGGAACUCCAUGUCUUAUCUUCGACCAGGCAGAGGAGGUGAGAGCAGGCGCAGCGUGUUUUACACAGGCAACAGUAACAGCAGCAGUACAGAGGAGUGGGAGCUGGUUGAUGCUCCUCCCAAGGAUUUCUCUGACUCAAAGCAUCAUCCGGACACACACAGAUAUUCCUUGGGAUCAGCGUUUACAUUUGACUUUGGCCGCAAUUCAGCGCGACUUAAGAAGCCGUUACUUCGAGACAUGAUGGGCUCUGGAAGGUUUGGGCGUAAUGUUGAAACGCGCAGCGCUGAGAGCUCACCGGUGGAAUGUAAUGGCAGCAAACCUCUGGAGAUGCAGCUUCGCCUCCAGAGCCAACAAGAAGAACUGAGCAACAUGCAACAAGAGCAGGCCAAGCUAAGGGAAGAGCUGGCCAGUCAGAAGGAGCUGGUUAGACUUCUGCAGCAGACUCUAAGGACAUCCCAGUGUGAUUGGCAAACCAUCCAUCGCUCAUCUCCAGCCCCACCUCUGACCCCAGAUCCAGCAUCAGAUGCAUCUGGAGCCCCAGACCAGACUCAAACAGCAGCAGCAGUUACACAAGGGGGUGUGUCCCAGUUGGAGGCCCUGCUUCAGGAAAGGGAUGGACAGAUCCAGUCACUGUGCGGCCACAUGGAGCGUCUGGCCUUGGAGAAAGAGAGUCUGCAACAAGAGCUGAAGGGUCUGAAAUUAAAGGUGGGAGAGAUAAAUGACCAGCUGGGCAUGUUGAUGGAGACCAUCCAGGCAAAGGAUGAAGUUAUCAUGAAGCUGUCACAGCAGAGCUCUGAGCAGAACAGCAGCCCAAAUGACUCCAGUUCACCUACGUCCAACAAAGAGCAGCAGGAGUUGGAUAUCUUAAAGGACAGUCUUCAAGGCUACAAAUCACAGAACAAGUUCCUGAACAAAGAGAUUUUGGAGCUGACAGUAUUACGCAGAAAUGCAGAGAGUAGAGAAAAAGCUUUGGAAGCAAAGUACACUGCCCUGGAGGCUAAGUUAUGUCAAGUGGAGAGCAAGUAUCUGGUGCUUCUUCAAGAGGUGAAGACCCCGGUGUGUUCGUCUUCAGAGCAGAGUCCUGCCAGAGAAGUCAUUUCCAGAUUAUUAGAGGAUGCACUGCAGGCGGAAAGCCCUGACCAGCAGGAUCACCUCAUCUUUAAACCAAAUACUGUCAGUGAGUAUGACAUCUUUGGCUUUAAGACUGUACCUGAGGAGGAAGAGGAGGAGGAGAAACUGGUGGCGAAGGUGAGGGCGUUGGAGCUGAAGUCCUUGUCCAUGACGGAUCAGGAGGUGUCAGUCGGGGUCAAGUGGGAGAACUAUCUGGCCAGCACCAUGAACAGGGAUCUGGUUCGCUCACCCGAGCUCAAAACCCUGAUUCGCUGCGGCGUCCCGCAUGAACAUCGAUCCCAGGUGUGGCGCUGGUGUGUCAACUUCCACGUCAAGAAGUUCCGGGACCACUUGGCAGUCGACUACUACGAGACCUUACUAAAUGUCGCUAGGGAGAAGCCCAACCCAGCCUCCAAGCAGAUUGAGCUGGACUUGCUGCGCACUUUGCCCAACAACAAGCACUAUUCGUCCCCAAGUGCAGGUGGCAUUCAGAAACUCAGGAACGUUCUGAUGGCUUUCUCUUGGAGGAAUCCAGAUAUUGGCUACUGCCAGGGACUAAACAGGCUUGCGGCUAUUGCUUUGCUCUAUCUGGACCAAGAAGAUGCCUUCUGGACUCUUAUAGCCAUCGUGGAGGUUUUCAUGCCAAGAGACUAUUACACCAAGACUCUGCUCGGCUCACAGGUCGACCAACGUGUGUUUAAGGACCUGAUGAGUGAGAAACUGCCUCGACUUCAUGCCCACUUUGAACAGUACAAGGUAGACUUCUCCCUCAUCACCUUCAACUGGUUCCUGGUGGUUUUUGUGGACAGCGUGGUGAGUGACAUCCUCUUCAAGAUCUGGGAUGCCUUUCUGUUUGAGGGUCCAAAGAUUAUUUUCCGCUUUGCUCUCGCUCUCUUCAAGUACAAAGAGGAAGAGUUUUUGAAGUUACAGGAUUCCACAGCCAUCUUCAAAUAUCUGAGAUACUUCACACGCACGAUCCUGGAUUCAAGAAAGCUGAUGAACAUUGCUUUUGUGGACAUGAACCCGUUCCCCAUGAGGCAAAUUCAGAACCGCCGUGCGUUCCACCUGGAGAAGGUCCGUCUGGAGCUGACAGAGCUGGAGGCGAUCAGACAGACGUUUCUGAGGGAGAGGGAGUCGAGUCAGGAUGGGCGGAGCUUCGUCAGCGAUGAUGAGGAGGAUAACUGACAUUCUGACAACAUCCAAUCCAUGUUGCUGAAGACAAAGAUCUUCUCCAUGGACACAGUCACAUGUUGUAAUCGCAAAGGGAGUUUCCAGUUGAUGGAGCUUUCACACAUUUUGUGUGAAAUCAGAACAAAAGACCAACACAUUACAGGCCAAAUGGGCUUUCCAUCAGUAUUCCUGCCAUUUUUUUUUUUUUUUUUUUGUAAUGCCUUAUUGCUGUAUGCUUCUGUGUAUUUGUGAGGCCCAAAACUGUAUGUGUGCACUUAUCAAAUGCUCUUCAGCCCUCUUACUUUCAGUCCAAAUCAGUAUUUUUGUACAUGGCUGUGAUCUUUUGAUAGUUGGCAGUUUUAUGCCUGUUGAAGGAAUGAUUGUAUUUUUUUACGCUCAUCUUCAUUGUAAUUUUCCCCCACUCUCCUUUUUCAAGUGUCUUAUCAUUGUAUACCUGAGUCUUAUGAAUGUUUCCAUGUUGCCACUGAACAACACAUUGUGAGUUCAACCCUGUGUUUUCUGAUGCACUUGACGUACCUGUGCUGAAACUUUUAAUUUGCUGAAAAUCUAAGUCUUACUUUCUGAUCGUAAAGUCAUGUGGUCAUUGUACGUAUUGUGUGUGUAGAGUGUUUAUAAUACACACAAAAAAUCAUUUGGAUUAUAAGAAGUGUUAAUAUUCUCACAGAGACUAUACUUUUAUUUUUUAAUCUCAGGAUUCAGAUUAGAUCCAGACCAUACAAACAUUAUCAGGUAGUAUCCUCAGUAUUGUUCAGUCCAAUGAUUUUUUCCCAUUUCAAUAUUUGAUCUGUGUAAUUUUCAUAAAAGCAUCAUUUUUUCCAAAUAUUUUCACCUACAUUUGUUUUUAUUAUGAUGUACCAUUCUAUAUUCUGUCUAUAAACAUAUUUUAAGUUUCUUUUGAAAGGUCCCAUAUUCAGAUUUCUCUUACAUACCAUUUAUUUUAAUACUCUUGAUUUCUUACUAGAUAUGUAAAGAUAUAUUUCUUCUUUUCCUAAAACCUGUGGUAUAUCAUAAAUUGUACAAUGCUGGGAUAGUGUUUCUGAGCCUGGCCAGAAAUUGCUGGUGUAUUUACAUUUGUUGUCCUCACUGUGGCAGUAUAACCUUUCCUUACCCAGUGUUUACACUACUUGACAGGUACCUACAACAGUGUAAGGAUCCAUUCUACUGUUUCAUGUUCACAUCAAAUGGUCAUGUCAGUGUGCCAACAUGAGUUCAAGUAUAAAUACAAUUUGCAAUAUACUCUAUGAGGGAAGUGUUUUAGGCAAAUGUGUGAAGGCUCCAAGACACUGCCAUUCGUGUUAAUUCUAAAGGUACACUGCACAGUUUACUUCUAAGGAUUGUAACUAUAUUUUAAGGAAAAAUGUGUAUCUGUUUAGUCUUUUAUAGAUCAGUAUGGAAAAGGUGAUAUACACAUUACAAUUAAAAAAAACAAAAAGAAAACAUACUCAUGUUUCAUCAGGUUCUAACUGUUGAACAGGAUUCACAAGAAGCGGCCAAUGAUCUCACUUAACUUGUCUUGUGAGCUGAAAAUGGUUUACAGCCUUUUAUCCUCUUCAUUUUCUUCAUUUUUUGUUUAACUUUGAGCUGUUUACUUGCAUUUCUUUGAUAUCAAGUGACUUUUACUUUGCUGUAUUAUUGUCAGCUGAAACUUAACUAAAAAAAAAAAA